AUGUCUCUGAUGUCUGACAGCGAUAAUGAAACUGAAGUUGUUUCUCGUAAUUUGUGCGGUGUGGUUGAUAUAGGUUCUAAUGGUAUUCGAUUCAGCAUUUCAUCUAAAGCCACACAUCAUGCGAGGAUAAUGCCAUGUGUGUUCAAGGAUCGUGUUGGGAUCUCGCUAUAUGAGGUGCAAUACGCUGCAAAUUCUCUACAAAAGGCUCCAAUUCCUUCAUCAGUUAUCAAUGAAGUAUGUGCAGCUAUGAAGAGGUUCAAAUUGAUAUGUGAAGACUUUGGAGUGCCAGAAACGGGUGUCAGGGUUGUUGCUACUGAAGCGACAAGAGAAGCUCUAAACUCCCAAGAAUUUAUCGAUGCCAUAUAUGAGUCGACGGGCUGGGAAGUGGAAAUUCUUGCAAAGGAAGACGAAGGGAAAAUUGGUGCCUAUGGCGUCAUCUCAUCUUUCAACACUGUUUCAGGGCUAUAUAUCGACUUAGGCGGUGGAAGUACACAAAUUUCGUGGAUAAAGUGUGUCAAUGGGGAAAUAACGCAAUCUUCUUCUCCAGUUUCGCUGCCAUUUGGGGCAGGUGCGUUAUCGAGAAGGUUACAAAAUGAAAGCAAACAUGACUUAUUCCAGGAAAUCGUUGAGGCUUAUAAGACAGCAGUAGAGAAAAUAGAUAUUCCAAAAGAGAUGUACCAUGAGGCAGAAUUAAACGGCGGGUUCGAUUUAUAUACUUGUGGUGGUGGCCUAAGAGGUAUGGGUCAUGUACUCUUGUCACAGAUUAAAGAAUAUCCUAUUCAAACAAUCAUUAACGGUUUUUCAUGUAGCUUCAAGGAGUUCUCUAAUAUGUGUGAUUACUUAUUUUUGAAGGAACGGGUUCCAGGUGAUUCUGGCCGUAAAAUAUUUAAAGUUUCAGAUAGAAGGGCCAAGCAAUUACCUGCUGUUGGGCUUCUAAUGUCAGCCGCUACUGAGUCCUUACCAAAAAUUAAGAACGUACACUUCUGUGAAGGUGGUGUUAGAGAAGGUACUUUAUACUCAAUAUUACCAAGGGAGAUAAGGGCACAGGAUCCCCUAGUCAUUGCAACAAGACCAUAUGCUCCCUUACUUGCGUACAAGUAUUUAGAGCUCUUGAGAACAGCUAUUCCAACAAAGGAGAUUCCCAAAAUCGUAUAUGAAAGGAUUGCGCCAGCACUCUGUAAUCUUGCUUUCGUGCAUGCAUCAUAUCCAAAGGAGCUCCAACCAACAGCGGCUUUACGUGUAGGAACGUCGGGUAUUAUUGCAGGCUGUCAUGGUCUAUCUCACAGAUCCAGAGCGCUAGUUGGAAUAGCAUUAUGCAACAGAUGGGGUGGUGAUAUUCCAGAACCCGAGGAAGAAUACAAGAAACUUUUGGAAGAAGUCGUACUAAGGGAUGGUGACAAACUAGAGCGUGAAAGGACUAUAUGGUGGACCAAAUACAUCGGUACUAUCAUGUACGUUAUUUGCGGUGUUCACCCAGGUGGUAACAUUGGAGACGGUGUUUUCCAUUUCAGUACCUCAGAGAAAGAAGAGUUGGUAAAUGAAACACAGGCGUUGUCGAUUGACGAAAAUCUGGCAAACGGCGAUAAGCCAAUAACAACGUCGACAACUAACACCACAGGUAAUUCAAACAAGAGGGUAUUCGAAGUCGUUGUUAAAAUCAACCGUAAUGAUUUGAAAACGAUUGCUUCUGUAAGGCAAAGAAUCAUUACUCUUCAAAAGAAGAUCAGAAAGCUCUCUCGCGGAUCAAGUGAUAAGGUUAAGAUCAACGUCGAGUUCUAUUAA